CCAUCCAUUUGCAGAAAGCGCCUGAGGGAACGUUACAUCAAAACUAAUCAUAACGAUUAAAAUCAGCUUUUCCGUGCAAGAGGAAGGCAAUCCGCACACUGGAGGAAGGAGUGACUGUUAAAAGCCGGAAAAUUGCUAGAUCUUUUGUAAUAUGUAUACAUUUUUGGGAGGAAUAAAAAAACAUUCUAAAUAAGGCCAAUGCAGUGCCUUUGUGUUCUGUUAAUUCAACUAGAGUUUUAUUUUGCAGAUCGGUCUAGGCUGGGUAGAGGCAUGAGCUAAUUGUAUCCUGAUCUUUGCCUUAAGGGGUUUCAAAGCCCUGGAGCAAGUAUUCUCAGUAUUUUGUUCUGUCUACCUAAGCCAAGCUAUUGCAUUUCUCUCUAGUGUUGCGAGGGAAGCAGAUCGCGGGCGAAAUCGGAGGAAAGGAGAGGUGAAAAAUACUUGAUGCUUGUCGUUGUUUCAGGAUAACCAAUCUAGCAUGUCCAGGCCCAUGGCAACACGAUCACCUGUAUCUCCACUGAGUAGCCAGGGCAUCCCGACCCCUGCACAGCUCACCAAGUCCAACGCGCCUGUGCACAUUGACGUGGGCGGCCAUAUGUAUACCAGCAGCCUGGCCACGUUAACCAAGUAUCCCGAAUCCAGAAUUGGUCGGCUCUUCGAUGGCACAGAGCCCAUCGUCCUGGACAGCCUCAAACAGCACUACUUCAUCGACAGGGACGGCCACAUGUUCCGGUACAUUCUCAAUUUCCUCAGGACCUCCAAACUCCUCAUUCCUGACGAUUUCAAGGACUACAGCCAGCUGUACGAGGAGGCGCGGUACUACCAGCUGCAGCCCAUGCAGGCGGAGCUGGAGCGCUGGCGGCAGGACCGGGAGCUGGGCCGGACGUCGCGGCCGUGCGAGUGCCUGGUGGUGCGCGUGGCGCCCGACCUGGGCGAGCGCAUCACGCUCAGCGGCGACAAGGCCCUCAUCGAGGACAUCUUCCCCGAGAUCGGCGACGUCAUGUGCAACUCGGUCAACUCCGGCUGGAACCACGACUCCACCCACGUCAUCCGCUUCCCGCUCAACGGCUACUGCCACCUCAACUCCGUACAGGUCCUGGAGAGGCUGCAGCAGCGCGGGUUCGAGAUCGUGGGCUCCUGCGGAGGGGGCGUAGACUCCUCCCAGUUCAGCGAGUACGUCCUGAGGAGAGAGGUCAGGCGGGGACAGCGCUGUCCCUCUGUCAUCAGGAUAAAGCAGGAGCAGCUGGACUAGGGGCGGGGCCUGCCCCCUGUCCCACAACCUACGGACAUUUCGGAAGCAGCCGGAACUUGGCGGCAAACGUCAGGAUAUGUUUUUUUUUUUUUUUCGUUUAGUUUGUUUUAUGUUUUGAAAAUGAAGAACGACUGAACUUUCAAAAGAAGUUUUUUUUUUCCUCCUGUCAGAACACAAAAAAAAGCAUGUCACGAAUCCUCAGGAGUCCUGUGAUUGACAGCCAGUUGAAAAAAAUUCCCUUCCCUCUCCCAGCGAUUAGACCUGCUUGCAGGUUCCUAGAUGAGAAGUUUGUUUUAAAACUUUGAUAUGUCAGAUCACACCUUCUUUCCACAUGUACAGCAGGCUAUCACACUUCAGUCACACUUGACACGAGUCCCGUGUCUCUGUCUACCUGCUACUCGAGUGGAUUCCAUGGACUGUGCAUGAUGUUCAGAAGUAAAAGUGGGUUUGACACGUGCUGGAAUUU